UCUGUAAACGAUGCUGGCGUGAAAGAAAGAGAGAAAUAGAAAAAGACAUGAUGUUCAGUCAAGCGAGCUGUUUCUGGGAAGAGAGACUCAAGAAGAAUCACAACAACACCAAAGAUAAAAUUCUGACAAUGACUAUAAAGUAUGUCCUGAAAGCAAAGAGUGUGUCUGAAGCUGUAGUAGUUGAACCAAUCUCAGCAGAUGUGAGCUUUGCUUCUAAUCGCUUCCCAUCAUACAACUUAGGACCUGAUGAUCAGAUCAUCGAUGAGCCUGAAGAAGAUGAAAAAGGUCCAUCUGUUAAAGAUGUCGUCGGCAAAGAGACGGGAGACUUGUCAGAGCAGUACAAGCGUCUUUCAGUUCGUGACCUCGCUUGCAAGUUCGACAAGAACUUAGCUGCAGCUGCUAAACUAGUUGAAGAGGCAAAGUUGAAUGAGGUGACUUCAUUGGAAGGACAUGUUACGUUAAAGAAGCUUAGAGAUGCUUUAGAAGCCAUGAGAGGUCGUAUGGAUGGGCGUAACAAAGACUCAGUAGAAAAAGCUAUCUCCAUGAAUACGUACCAUUCCUCCGGUGAGGUAACUUAGGAGGAAGCAGGCUGCGGAGGAGGCCAACAGCUGAUCAAUCCAGUAGAGGAAUGCGCGGAAGACGCUGAUGUGACCUCCGAAAAGUAGGCCGAUGGUAAC